AUGACGAAAACCCCUAACCCAAAUAACGAUGAUGAAGUCCCUUAUCACUCUCUGGACUCCUCAAAUACAGUGCUUACUCCGGUGGACCCAGUGACUGGUGUAGAGACAAAUGUUGUAGUCCUGAGAAUGGGGAUGGCAGAUAUCCCAUGUGAUACCACUAGGGGGACUGGAGCAAGAGGAACUCCUUUUCGACCUAAUGUGCCUCGUUUUGGAACUGCUGACGUAUGGAAUGCCGUAUUCCUUGAUGGUUGGAAGUCAGUCGAUAUCGAGUCCUACCUUAGUACAGAGAAUCCCAGGGGCUGGAAAAUACCUAAGUACACCAAGUUCGGAGGAGAAACUGGAGAAUCGACAAUCGAGCAUAUUGCCAGAUAUCUGACUGAAUCAGGAGACAUGGCGAAUAACGAAAGUCUCAGAGUUAGGCAUUUUCCAUCGUCUCUUACAAAGGCAACGUUCACCUGGUUCACCAUAUUACCCCCCAACUCUGUCGAUUCAUGGCCAAAAUUGGAGAAACUUUUCUAUGAGCAGUUUUAUGAGGGCCAUUCGAAAAUCAGUCUGGUCAAACUGUCGAGCAUCAAAAGGAGGUUCGCAAAGACCAUCGACGACCAUCUGAAUAGGUUUAGGUCACUUAAAGCAAAAUGUUUCACGCACGUACCUGAACACGAACUGGUUCAGAUGGCUGCAGGAGGUUUAGAUUAUUCCAUUAGGAAGAAAAUAGACCCAACUUUUGUCAAAAGUAUGUCGCAGUUAGCUGAUAGGGUUCGACACCUUGAACGGUUGAGACCAGAAAAAGUCAGGCAUACCAUGGCAAAAGCUAAAAAGGAAAAGGUAGCUUACGUCGAUUACGAUGAUACAGAUCCUAUAUACAAAGCUAACUAUAUCUCACCGACGGAGGCGGAGAUUGAUCUGGCCGAAAUGAAACCAGGGCCAGCAUACGAAUGUAAAUCGUUAUUUCCUUCGAAAGGAAAGAAUGUCCCUGUUGAUAACAAUUCGAAAUUCCCUGCUAAAAUUUAUACUUUUGAUAUUGGUAAAUGCGAGAAAAUUUUCGAUGUAUUAGUUAAAGAUGGUCAGAUUUUAGUACCCAUAAAUGCUAAAUUACCACCAUUAGAACAGCGACAAAAAAGAGGUUUUCGCCAAUAUCAUAACUAUCUUGGGCAUUCAACCUCUCAAUGUUUUCUUUUCAGGGAUCUGGUCCAGAAAUCACUUCAGGAAGGUCGACUGAAAUUUGUUGCCAGGAGGAUGAAAAUCGACGUUGACCCACUCAAACAAGAGGAAGCUUUGUUUGUUGAUGCUGUCGACAUCAACAUGGUGGAACUGUCUGAGAUACCUGAUGAUAUUCUGGAAGAAAGCACUGGAGAAACUCCCCAAGUUCGAAUGGCUGAUGUGUAUCCCAGGUUGGACGAGGAUCUCCUGGACUUCUUGUUUCGAUGCAAGAACCAUGAUUCCCAAGUGGGACUGUGCCCUAGGUGCAGUGCUUUGACUGACAGAGUUGCUGCGGAAAAUUUCCAAAAGUUGCAGUUGGAACGAGGCAGAGCCCAAUGGGAAAUGAGGGACCCUAGGAAAGCGUCUCAAAAUAGACCAAGAAGCUAUGUGCCUCCAGCUGCUGCACCCAAGGGUACUUGGAUCAAGCCUCAGAUGUUGAAGGAAAAACCUGAGAAGCAGGCUGAAAGGCAAGCUGCUGCUGCUGCCAAACAGGCUGCAAAUGAUCAGGUUUACAAAAAGAAGCAAUAUAAGGUGAAGGUCGAUUUAGCUGUCAAGCAACAAAUCAAGGAAUUUGUUGGUAAGCCUGCAACCAAGGAUCUAGACGAGGCAACAGACGACUUUGCUUCUGACUCAGGAGAGAGCCUCGACAUCCUAGUCAAUAUGGUGUCAAUCUUGCCCCAAGAGUUCAAUGUCCCGACCGAAGCUGGGGAUGUGGACGAAACUGCUACUGCUAAAAUGGCCUUACAUAGGCCUACAUGUUACUUUGUGAUGAACUAUGGUUCCAUAGAGAACCAAGAUGCAUUUUUUAAACGCCCAGAUAUGGCAAUGAGAGGCCAUUUGAAACCUUUACUGAUAAGAGCUAAAGUAGAGGAGGUAGCUGUAAACAGAGUACUGGUCGAUUGUGGUGCGACAGUAAACAUUAUACCACAUCACACACUGAAUAAAAUUGGACUGUUCGACACUGACAUCAGAUCCCAUAACAUGGUCCUUUCAGACUAUGAAGGAAACACCAAAAACACGAUGGGUGUCAUUCAACUGAACAUCACUGUCGGUUCAAUAACUCGACCAACCAUCUUCAUGGUCAUCAAAGGAAAGCCUAUUUACAACCUACUGGUUGGAAGAGAAUGGUUACAUGGUGUAGGAGCUGAGCCUUCAUCCAUGCACCAACGAUUAAUCAUCUGGAGGGAAGAUGGUAUUGUCGAGAAUAUUGAGGCCGACUAG